AGCCAGUACAAAGCGCGAUCCCGCCCCUCAAUCAUCCCCAACUCUGCCCUGGCGCUCGCUUCCCGAGCCAAGCCCGGGCAGCUCAACAGAGCGCAGGAGGAGAAGCAGCUGUUCGCAACAGCUGGGGGGCGGCGGUGUCUGCUCCAGGUGGGGACCCGUCCAAUCGCAGGCUCCCGGCCCGCCCCCCUCCCCAGCCGGGCUCCGACCCCCCGGCAUGGGAGGGGAGGGAAAGAAAGAUAGUGGAGAGUUACUCAACACCCAGGACCAUCCUCCGCUCUUAGGGCCUGGAGAAGGCAACCGGGAGAAGGGAAUCCGCGGCGUGCCAUCGGUCCCGGAACACCUCUCCCACAGCAGCUGCUGCAGCCUCCUGAGUGACCGCCAGCUCUUCCUGUUCUUCCGACACUCAGUAGGGUCACCCUAGGAGAAGAUCAAAGGCCCCACCCAGGAGAUCUCUUUUAGAUAAACAAUCUACCUUCAAAAGCACCCCCUUCUUCCCACCCUGUUGCCUGUGGAGGGGUACCUCGCUUCUCCUUUCGGGCCCCCUGCCGGGUGAGUGGAAAUUGAUUGUAUUUGAAAAAAAUAUAUCUAUAUGUAUUCGUAUGCAUAGAUGUAUGUCCAUAUCGUCUACUAAAAAGAACUGAGAAGCGAGGAAAAGAGGAGAGUUUGGACUGUAACCGGCAGCGGGGAGCGGGAGAGGAGCGUGGAGCAAGGCUACAGACUGCGGUUGCUUACGACUUUGGAAACCCCACGACCCUCACCCCGGUGUUGUGAUCUCCCAGUGGCUGCCCUGACGCCCACCAUCCUCGACAUACACGCGCGCACGCACACACUCACACUUACACACUCACAUUCGUACACAUACAUACACGCGCACGCUGCCCAGUUCUCCUCCCCCCUCCCCACUGGGCUUGCCUUUGGCUUCGGCUGGACUCGAGAGGGUGAGGGAAACGAAGGGGCGGAGGGGGAGGCGCAGCAGCAGCAGCCACAGCCGCAGCAGCAGCAGCAACCGCCGCCGCCGCUGCCGGAGCCGAAGCCGGAGCCGGAGCCGGAGCCCAAGCCGCGGGGAGAGCGGGAAGAUGCACACCACCCAGAAAGACACCACAUACACCAAAAUCUUCGUCGGGGGGCUUCCGUACCACACCACCGACUCCAGCUUGCGCAAGUACUUCGAGGUCUUCGGGGAGAUCGAAGAGGCGGUGGUCAUCACAGACCGGCAGACGGGGAAAUCCCGGGGCUAUGGAUUUGUCACCAUGGCUGACAGAGCUGCUGCUGAAAGGGCCUGUAAGGAUCCCAACCCUAUCAUUGAUGGUAGAAAAGCCAACGUGAAUCUGGCAUACUUGGGGGCAAAACCCAGGAUCAUGCAACCAGGUUUUGCCUUUGGUGUUCAACAACUUCACCCUGCUCUUAUUCAAAGACCUUUUGGGAUACCUGCCCAUUAUGUUUAUCCACAGGCUUUUGUGCAGCCUGGAGUUGUAAUUCCACAUGUCCAACCUACAGCAGCUGCUGCCUCCACCACACCUUACAUUGAUUACACUGGAGCUGCAUAUGCACAAUACUCAGCAGCCGCAGCAGCUGCAGCAGCAGCAGCCUAUGACCAGUACCCAUAUGCAGCAUCUCCAGCUGCUGCGGGAUAUGUCACUGCUGGGGGCUAUGGCUAUGCAGUCCAGCAGCCAAUCACCGCGGCAGCACCUGGGACAGCUGCUGCAGCAGCAGCAGCAGCGGCAGCGGCAGCAGCAUUUGGCCAGUAUCAGCCGCAGCAGCUGCAAACAGACAGAAUGCAAUAAUGAGUGACCAGCCAUCUGAAGAGAGUUGAAUUUCUUUCUCUAUUUUCCCCCAGCCUUCCAGUUUUAAGUAGAUAAUAAGGUGGUUAACACUAACUAAGCAGCUUUAAGAAAAGUUAUGCUACUGCAAAUCAGGAGAUUUUUAUUCCACUGUCUUUGUACUAGAAUCAUGUUGCUAUGGGAAAAAGGGGUGAGGGCCAGGGGAGUGGGAGGAAUUAGUUUCAGGAGUCAAUCCAGGAGACACUGAAUAAACAAUGCACUGCCAUGAAAAGACUAUAGGAGUAACAAUAGAACUUCAUUUCACAAAAUAAAAUAAAGGGGUUUUGUUGGGGUUUUUUUUAAUAGUAUCAGGGAAGCAAACUGCCUUUUUCAAAUGAGAAAAUGUUAUUUUGAAAAAGUUAAACCAGGGAAAAGAAAUCAGAGUGAGCAAUAUGUAGCUUAUAUAACAUUUAAAACAUUUUUAAAAAUAAUUAAAGCACUGACUGUCAUUUCUAGCUUUCACUAUGGCCUAUAGAACUUGUUCAAGUAAGAAAGUGAUUUUCUUGCUGUCUCAUAAUGGGCAUCGAACAAUCCUGAGGAGCAUGGCCGCUUGGUAAAAUGGUGGACAGGCACCAAAGCUAUUUUCUCAUCUGUCCUCUGGAUGAGUAGAACUAUGGAGCAAGUGAUGUGGAAUUAAUGGGUGCAACAGCUGUACAGACAAUCAAUAACACAGACAGUUCUGGAAAGAACACAUCACUUGUGCUUGUUUGAUGAGCUUGUCACAUUCUAAUCCCUCUCCCCAUCCUGUUUCAAUUUUGGGAAACUUUUAACUGCUGGUGUCAGCUAUUCUGAUUCUGAAAUAGGAUCAGCCCUUUACUACAACAGCCUUCUCUUUCUAUUUAUUACGUUGACUUGUGGCUUGUGAAUAAAGGCAGAAAGAAGUUUGCAGAAUUUGAACCUUUGAGAACUGUCUUAAGGAAAUUUAUUUUUUUCCUUUUUGAAAUGAUUUCUAUGACUUUAGUAUCUAUUACAGAGUCCUAUUUAAAACUAUUUAUUAGGGAACCCAGUAAGUAAGACAACAAGGUUCCUGAGACUACAGUUCUUCAAGGGUUAAUGAUAUGUGGUUUAUACUGUGCCUUAAUUGUAAUGCUAUUUAAAAAUAUUUAUUUUGAAGUUUUACGAUGCUGCACUCUAAAGAAAGGAACUUUAGAUGUGACACUGUAAAAUUAUGUAUUCAUCUCAUGGCAUAAAUUAUUUAGUAGGUUUAGAUGUAGCAUAUUAAAUAUUAACCUAUUCAGCUAAAGAUGUUGACUUAGAUUUAUUUAAAUUCAGUAUGUGCACUGUAUGAGAGGGUACUCCUACAUUAACAGAGUUUAGGUUUUAUACAGAAUGUGUUGCUAGUUUCAUACUGCUUCCUCUUCAGUAUUUUGCUCAUGUAGAUCUACUUUCCUGGCAAUUCAUUAGUCUGAUUUCCCCACUAUUUUUUAUGUAGUUUAAAAUGCUGCUUUACAUUUUUCUCGUGAAACUACAAUACUUGCAAUUUUUAUUCUUAACCUAAAUCGAAUAUUUUACACUGUAUUGGACUUUUUAUACUUGAACAAUUUCAUACAAGGGAAGACAGGAUAGCAUUUUUAUGGACUUUAUCCAUUUUCACUGGAUUUAUUUUAAGUAUUCAAAAUACUAGCCAGUGUUAUGUAAUGUAGACAUGACUCUCCUGUGCAUAUUAUUUAUUCAGUAUGUAUAUUGCUUUAUAACAUUUCAGAUCUUCUAAACUAUUCACUUGUGUUAUAUAUAAUUUUUAAAAUCUACUGUUGCAUUGUCUAUAAUUAUGCAAUAAAAGUGAAGAAUGUCUCCUUUUAA